CAACAGUUCAACCAGAUUUGACGCCACCAUGUCAGAAAAGAACUCGCUAUCCAUCCCGACCCUUUAAUCCCUCUUUGAACCCGCCCAGGAUCUAUCCGGGCUUAUCUCCGGCGCGGCGGCCCAGGGGGAAACAAUGACAUAUGGCGCAUCGACAUGAUGACAUCACCACACCAACCCACCCAGCUCAACCCCUAUUAUGUCACCACUUUUGGACCCCAAACUACAGGUAGCAACAAUGGCCACCACAUACCUAUAUAACAUUCUUUCGUCCCCUUCACAGUAUUGAUUUUUUUCCCUCCAAUUUUCAAUCAUAUUUGCAUCUCAACACAACAUCACUUGAACCCCCGCAAUCAACCAAAAAUGAACCCCUCCGGCCUCGGCUCCUCAGGCAAAGUCCCCCAAAACUCCCACACAGGCGCCAAGGCCACCGGCGGAAAGGUCGGCUCCGUCACCACAGGCGCAACAGCAGGGUUGGGUGAGGACAAGCCCAAGGUUUUUGAUUCCGAGGGCGCAAUUGGGAAGCAGUUUACCGAGGACGGCGUUAUCGGGAGCAUUGGUCAAAACAUUGGUGGACCGCUGCAUAGCGAGGGGAUGAUUGGGAAGCAGUUUACUGAUAAGGGGGCUAUUGGGGGUACCGUGCAGGAUGUUCUUGGGGGGACGAAGAAGAGGUCGAAUUAGAUUGGUUAUUGUGGGUCGGGGGGAGGUAAGAUAGUAGAUUGAUGUGGGAUUUGUUGUUAUGGGUUUGGUGGUAGAUGUAUGAUAUUUAGGGAGUCAAUUGAAUAGUUAUUUUCGCGUGGUCGAUUUUGCGUUGGAAUUGAAAAAGUGUUGGCAGGUCAGGUGGACUGGUGAAGGAGAUUUUAAGAUAUAGGAGGUAGAUCCCAGCUUGGACGCAU